UCAAUUUUUCCUCUGUCUUCUUCUUCACUCUACUUCUUCAGACACACCCACACACAUUAAAAAAACAUUAACUUAACAAAGGUUAGAUUUCAGACAAAGAUUUUGUCUCAGACAAAUGAAGUUCGGGAAAGAGUUCUCGUCUCAGAUGGUGCCGGAAUGGCACGAAGCGUACAUGGAUUAUGAUUAUCUCAAAUCUCAGCUUAAAGAAAUCAUCAAAUUCAAACGCAAAACCAAUCCUCACGGAGCUGGUCAUCAUCAUCACAGCGUAAUUCACCGGAAAACGACUCUUCACCGAGCAUUCAGCGGUUUAAUCUCUACAUCAGCACCGGAGAAAAAGAAACACCACCACGGCGGUAGUGGUGGUCAGAUCGGACAUUUCUCAGAUUCCGACGACGAUCUCGAGGAAGGGAUUAAGCCGGUGACUGCGCCGAUUAUGGUUCGCUCGGCGAGUCACGGUUACCAGACGACGUUUUUGAUGGCGACGGAGGAAGGAGGAGAGUACGAGACCGUGUUUUUCCGGCGACUAGAUGAUGAGUUCAACAAAGUCGAGAGAUUUUAUAAAGAUAAGGUUGAAGAAGUGAUGAAAGAAGCUGUAAUGCUUGAGAAGCAGAUGGAUGCUUUGAUCGCGUUUAGGGUUAAAGUUGAGCAUCCUGAUGGUUGGCCUUGGGAGGAACGUACGGUGGAGAUGACUCGUUUAGCUUCUGAUGUUGCUAACUCUGCGGCUGCCGUCGCUGCUUCUACUCCCGCCGGUGCUCGAUCCACCAUGAAGGUUGGAGCUCAUCAUCAAGCUCACAUGGAGGCGAUACAGGAAGGAGGAUCGAGUACAGCUGGUAAAUCCUCUGACGAAGAAGAUGAUGAAAAUGAUGAUGAUGAUGGAGAGAAAGAAGAAGAUAACGGCGCAUCCGUCGUAGUAGCCGCCGACGAUGACAUCAGUAAGCUGAAAGUUGCGAGGCCAGCUCCGAUCGAGGUUUUGGAUCGUGUUAAGAUGAACCAUACGAAAGAAACGCCACGCUCCACCAUUAAAAGCGUUCUCCAGGUCGGGAAUUUGACGGAGCUUAAAUUUAGCAGAGAGAAUCUGAGGAGAGUCGAAGCGAAGCUUAGACGCGCCUUCGUUGAGUUUUACCAGAAGCUUCGGCUACUUAAAAGCUACAGCUUUUUGAAUGAAUUGGCGUUUUCGAAGAUAUUGAAGAAGUAUGAUAAGAUAACUUCAAGACAUGCUUCAAAGUCUUACAUGAAAAUGAUUGAUAACUCUUACCUUGGUAGCUCUGAUGAGGUUACGAGACUCGUGGAGCGUGUUGAAGCUACGUUUAUAAAGCAUUUCGUGAAUGCUAACAGGAGAAAAGGAAUGAAUAUCUUGAGACCGAAAGCUAAAAGAGAAAGACAUCGAAUUACAUUUUCCACAGGUUUCUUGGGUGGAUGCCUGUUUUCUUUAGUAGUGGCUCUAUUCGCCAUCAUACGAACCCGAAACAUUUUGCAGGAAGAAGGCCAUAAACAGUACAUGAGCACUAUGUUCCCUCUUUACAGUUUGUUCGGGUUCAUUGUUCUGCACAUACUUAUGUAUGCUGGUAAUAUAUACUAUUGGAGGCGAUAUCGAGUGAAUUACUCUUUCAUAUUUGGGUUCAAGCACGGAACUGAACUUGGUUAUAGACAAGUUCUCUUUGUGGGAUUAAGCAUUGGAGUGCUUGCGCUUCUUUGUAUUCUUGCCAACCUUGACAUGGAGGUUGACCCUGAAACCAAAGAUUACCAAGCUUUAACCGAACUUCUUCCUCUUUUCCUGCUCAUUGUUAUGUUUGUAGUUCUAGUCUUACCAUUCAACAUCUUCUACCGCUCUAGUCGCUUCUUCUUCCUCACAUGCCUCUUCCACUGCCUUGCUGCUCCUCUUUACAAGGUAACCUUACCUGAUUUCUUGGUGGGCGAUCAGUUAACAAGUCAGGUGCAAGCUCUUCGAAGCAUCCAAUUUUACAUAUGUCACUACGGUUGGGGAGACUACAAACAUAGAUUAAACACUUGCGCAGAUUCAGGUGCCUACAAUGCUUUCUUAUUCAUUGUUGCUGUCAUCCCAUACAGUGCUCGUCUCCUUCAGUGCUUGAGGCGACUGUUUGAAGAAAAAAACCCAGAACAAGGAUACAAUGGCCUCAAGUACUUCUUGACUAUAGUGGCCGUCUGCUUAAGGACAACUUACAGUGUCGUUGACGAGGAUCAUGAAUUUGUUUGGAGAAUAUUAGCUGGGAUCUUCUCAGCUAUUGCUGCCAUUUUCUGUACUUACUGGGACUUAGUCUAUGACUGGGGUCUUCUGAAUCGAACAUCAAAAAAUCCGUGGCUCCGGGAUAAACUCCUUGUCCCUCAGAAGAAAGUAUACUUUAUCGCAAUGAUCUUGAACAUCUUGCUCAGAUUCGCGUGGCUGCAGACCGUUCUGGAUUUCAAUUUCUCCUUCAUGCACAGACAAACGAUGGUUGCUGUUGUUGCCAGUCUAGAGAUUAUCCGCCGUGGGAUAUGGAAUUUCUUUAGGUUAGAGAACGAGCAUUUGAACAAUGUAGGGAAGUAUCGAGCAUUCAAGACGGUUCCCUUACCAUUUAACUACGACGAGGAUGACGACAAAGACAACUAGUUUUUUUUUUUUUUUCGGUUUAUAGGCUUAGAUUAUUAUGGUAAGACCGAUUCAUCCACAUCGAGAGGAGGAUUGGAUUAGACUAAAGCUGGUUUAAUGAGUUCAAGGAGCUGUUACACUCAGGAGAACGGAUAUUUGCUAGAUUAACCAUAGUAAUUAGGGUCACUGAUUUGCUGGAGGCAGGUGAAUGGAAGGAACACUUAUAGGGUACCAUUAAGCAGUGUACUCGGUAUAUCACAUUUUGGGUUAUCUUAAUAUAAAAAGUUAUUAAUGUAUAGAGGAAACGACAACUAAGUGAUUAAUCUCCAACUAUGCAAAAAUAUUUUGUGAAAAA